UUGACAGCAGGCUGAAGGACAGCGGGAGUUAGCAGGUGACGCUGCUGCGGGUGCCGUUGAGUAAACAACAGCAAAUACACACUGCUCUUUUUUCGUGUUGCAGUCGUCUUGCGCUGAAGAAGAACAUCGAUUCGUUGUUUGGAUCAAAGUGCUUCUGGAUACUCGAGUUCAUCUCCCGAUUCGCUGUAUGCCACCGUUCCCCGUGUUCCUCUACAUGGAUUCUGGACCUGCCUCUCCACCUUCCUCCGCGGUGGCGAGCCCCUCCCCGCUGUGGCGGCUUGCUGAGAGGAGAAGUAGAAAGGCCGGUGCAGGGAACAUUUUCAGCAGUGUGAAUUUGUGGCAGCUCCAGAGACUGUUCAGGGCAGCUGGGGACCAGGAUGCCGAGCAAAGGGCACAGCUCGUCUGGGGCCACAGAGACGAGGCUGAACUGGCUCAGGCCCUAAUUGGGCUGAGGACCCGGAGUCACCGCAGAGUGCUGAGGAGUAAUGGGAGAGAUGCUCUGGAGUCACGCUGGCUACGUGCCUUCAAUCAACUCAGGAUCAAGGAGAGCUCACUCAGGAGCCCAGGAACGGAUUCAGGGGAGGAGGAGGAGGAGGAGGAGGAGAGUGAUUCUGAGGCAGCAGCACACAGCAGUACAGAUCCACAGCCACACUCCACUGUAGGAACCACAGGAAGAGACACAGAAGCUACGGCAGCGCAAAGUGAGAGCCACAGUCCUGCAGUGACAUCUAACAGACCAACGAGAGUCAGCGCAAGACUGAGGAGAGCAGCAGAGAAUGACCCAGAGAGAUACCUGCACCGAAUACUCCACUGAGUCCAAAAAAGUUAAUUCUAGCUCACAAAUGAAUUAUACUCUGACUAUAUUCUUUUCUCAGCAAGUGUAAAUUUGUUCUUCCUCAGAAGAUGUCACGUGAUGUGAUCUCUAGUGUUAUAUCCAGGUACGAGUGACAGCGAGAAGGUCUUCCAGCCACCAGAGGGUGGGGUGUCAGGCCACUUGGUGGGUGCCAAAACAUCCGGGGUGGAGUGAACCCAUUAAACAGGGAUGAGGGAGCAUACUUGCUGUCCCACACCUGGGUAGAUCGCGACCCUCCCCCACCCCAACUCCACCCCAGACCAACGUAUGCCGCUUUUCCACUACAUGGUCCCGAAAUACAGUGGCAAGGGUUGUGAUGCAGCUCGUCGCUCGCGAUCGCAGGCUUUCAGCAGUGCUGUCGCUAAAUACACAGACUCCUCUGUUAAAUGAUGAGAUUUUUAGACAUCUCCUUGCUAAAUGUCGGAGAUUAACGCAGAUUUUUGUACCUCCAUGUACCAGGUACUAUUGCUAAUGGAAAAGGAAAAUAACCGUGCUGUGCCGAGGCGAGGUGAGUCGUGUUGAGUCGAGUCACGGCGGGACUGUGUAGUGGAAAAGUGGCAUUACACUAGCAGAGAAAAGAAUGUAGUCACAGUGUACAUAUGAGCAUUAACCAGCACAGCACACAGCAAACCUUUCUGCAGCCUGACAGAACUGAAUGGUUUCUCAUUAUGCCUAUUAAGUCUGGUCUUUAAAGGAGAUCAGAUGCUGGUAUUCUGACACUACAAAAACAAAGAUAAUGUGAGUAACAUGAAUGUAUGGCUGGAAAUUUGCCUUAUUUGUUGUCAACCACUCACUCACUCAGUCACUCACUCACUCAAGUCUGUCAUUUUUAAGUCACUCAUUGUCUACAAGUUUUAUCCUCCACAUGAGGGUUUGCGAGGCCUGGAGCCAAUCCCAGCUAACAUCAGGCUAAAGAUGGAUCGCAGGGCCAACGUACAGACACGCACAACCUUUCACUCUCGCACUCACACCUACAGUUAAUUGUGUUUGCGUGUUUUUCAGCCUCUCCCUUAAGGGGUCGCCACAGCAGAUCGUCUGCCUCCAUCUUGCACGACUCCCUGAGUCGUCAUGUUGAAGUAAAUAAGUAAGAAAUGGUUUAUUUAUCAUAGUUGUAAUGUAUGGUUACACUUGUCUUCGACCAUAAACAAAGCCAUGUACAGUAUAUGCUGACAGACAUCAGUGAGAUGACCUAUUGUAGAGGUUGAUUUCUUGAUUUUUGUAUUUAAUGUAUGUUUGAUGUACUUUGCAUUUAAGCCGCCGUGUCCCUGUUUUAUGUGCGUGCCGUGUAACAUUUUAACACUAUGAAAGGGUCAGAGUGCAAUAAGAACAAUGUCAGUCAUCACGACAACAUUCACACUACUCCACAACGUUUAGAGAGGCUGUUUCGACCUUCCUCGCUAAACAAACUGUACCGAACCUCAGUGAUGCAAAAACAAAUAUUUCUGCCUAGAGACCAAACACCUAAAGGCCAAACUCACUAUUCAGGGAAAUAACUACUUGAAAUGAAACCAUUGUUGUAUAUUGUACAAAAAAGACAGCCAGCACUGGGCAACAUGUCCGUAAAAGCUAUCACAAUAAGACAUUUCAGCUCAGUCAAGAUCAAUAAUUAUUCAACAUUUCACAUAAUAAUAACAUUUCACAAAGGUGUGUGAGCACAAUGCAAAAAAAAAUCUACUUUUCUAACACCGAUACUGAAGAAUAUUGUGAUCUUUAUUGUUAUUGAAUGAUUGCCCUUUUUUUGUAAUACUGUCGUCAUUUUUUUAGAUAUAUGGUAAUAAAGAAAAAGUAAAUAUU